AUGGCCCCCAGAACCACACGCGCCCUGGUGGCCCAUGAACCCACCAACGGCCAACUCAACUGGAACCUAGAAGACAUCAACCUCCGCGAGCUGCAACCCACCGAACUCCUCGUCCGCAUCGUAGCAGCCGGCGUAUGCCACACAGAUAUCGUCUUCGGAAUGUGGCCGCCCGAUCAGAUCCCAUAUCCCAAGGUCUUAGGGCAUGAAGGCUCAGGGAUAGUCCUCGAAGCAGGAUCCGACGUACGAAGCGCAAGCACCGGAGACGCAGUCCUACUCUCCUUCCAAAGCUGCAACGCAUGCAAAAGCUGCAGAACCUCGCACCCGUCCUUCUGCGACGCAUUCGGGGCGUUGAAUUACGGCGGGGACGGGAGUUCCUACACCACAGCCGAAAAUAAGGAGCUCCGCGGGGCAUUCUUUGGACAGUCGUCGUUUUCGCAACUUGCUAUUGUCAAGGAGAGUUCGGUUGUGAAUGUUUCUGGGUCCGUUCGGGAUGAGGAGGAGCUUAAGCUUUUUGCGCCGAUGGGGUGUGGGUUCCAGACUGGGAUGGGGACUGUGGAUAAUGUUGCGGAUGCUGGGGUGGAUGAUGUAGUUGUUGUUCUGGGGCUGGGUGGGGUGGGGUUGUUGUCCAUCGUGGCCGCUAAAUUGAGAGGCUGCAAAGCCAUCAUCGGGAUAGAUCGACUGUCUGAAAGGCUUGAGCUGGCCAAAGAGCUCGGCGCAACGGGCGUUAUCAAUACACUCUCCAAGGACGUGGACAUCUCCGACAAGCUCACGGAGUUGGCCGGCGAAGGCGCCUCUGUGACGAUAGACACGACAGGGAGUCUGGAUCUGAUCCGGCAAGCUGUACAAUGGACGACGAAUCGAGGCCAGAUCAUCCUAGUCGGAGUGCCUGCUGCAGAUGCUCUGCUUGACGUGCAUCUCAUCCAAUUUAUGCAGACUGGGAAAAUCAUCCGCGGCAGUAUCGAAGGCGAUGCGAUCCCAUCAAAGUACAUCCCCAAGAUGAUCAACUGGUACCGGGAGGGAAAGCUCCCCAUUGAGAAACUGAUCAAGCUGUAUCCGGUAUGCUAA